AAAUAUUUAAAUCAAUUCCAUCCAUCGUUAGAUAAUCACGCACGCAUCCCACACAGAUCGUCCUGGUUGGGCCCUCAGAGAUCUACACUUUACCAUCUCGGCUAAUUCAUCUUCGUCUUGGCUACCUUUGAUUUUCUACCUUAUCCACAGAUGGUACGAGGCGUUUUUAUGUAGAAAUCUGUUAACAUCCUGAAAGAUAGAGGAUUACGAAGAAAACUGAUUCGUAAAAAUGAUGUGUCGUUCGUCUAUCCCAUUUCUUUCCGGCGAGCCCGCACGCCUCCUGACCUUGUUUGGAACCACCAUCACCACCACCACCACCUAAGGAUAGAUAUGAGGUGUCGUAUAUUAAUUAUAGUCCUAUGGCUGAGACAUGCCGCCGCUGAGGCUCAGAAAGCCGAGGUACCCGAUUGGCUCAAGGACUAUAACUUCGACCCGCCUAGAGAGUGUAGUUCCGAUCCCGCAGGCCCGUUGAAUCCGAGGGAAUCAAAGUCCAUAUGUCCGCUUCCGGUCGAUGAUGAGACUGCCUUUGAGAAGCGAUCGUGGCAUCCUUGGACAUAUCCCCCGAUGUGUGUGGAGGCUGAGAAGGCGACAGAUCCUAAGCUAUGCGUAUACACAUAUAGCAAACUACGGGGAGAAACGGGAAUCAGCUUCGUCACCACUCCACAGACAGCUGCCGCUGGGACUGGCAUCCUCGAAGACCUUGACCCGAGAUGGGAAGAAUGGGCCAGAGGCAUACCUAUGACCGUGUCCAAUCCGCCUCCGUACGAGAUCGUAGAUCUCGAAAAUAAAGGGAUGGGCGUUGUUGCAAACCGCACCAUUCGUAAGGACGAGGUGAUCAUGCUUAGACACCCCGUAAUCGUCCGGAUUUUGGACCCGAGGCCUUGGAAGCCCCAAGACGUGAUGAAAUUGCUUCACCGGGGCACAGUCCAACUCCCGCAAAAGCAGGGGCUAAAGAUGCUGAAACUGGCCCAUUCGAAGGGUGGGUAUAUCAUCGACGAUAUCAUCAACACGAAUGCGUUUGGGGUGCUGGUGAAUGGCGUGGAUCAUUCGGGGUUGUAUCUCGAUGUGUCGAGGCUAAACCAUGCGUGCAAACCAAACAUGUUCAGUCGGUUUUCUUCAACGACGCUAGGCAUGGAAGUUGUGGCUUAUAAAGACAUCGAACCGGGCGAGGAGCUCACUUUUAGCUAUCUGCCAUUGAAUCUUGUAUCCGAGCAGCGCAAGGCUCUCAUCCGAGAAUGGGGUUUCAAUUGCAGCUGUUCCUUAUGCACCGACUCAAAGGAGACCGCUAUCUCAGAUCGCCGCCGGGGUCGGAUACAAGACCUACUCGCAGAAUUGGACGACCCGGAUAUACGGAAACCUGCACCGGUCAAGAAGCGAGUUGACGAGAUACUAGAUUUAUGCGAAAAGGAAGGGUUGGCGGCUCAAAUCGGUGACUUCUAUACCAUUGUCGCGGAAGUGUACUCGAGCAUGGGCGAUCUCGAGUUGGCGACGAAAUACGGAGAGUUAGCUGUGAAGGAGCUGAAGCAUUAUGCCGGGUACGAUCAUGAGCGGACCAAGAGUGCUACCUCAUUCUUGGAGAAGUUACGUAUAAAGAAGUGCGUAUAAAUGGGCAGUAAUUCUUAAAGUUGGGAUUCUAAUACUAUACUGCGGUUUAUCGCGAAGGAUGUAUCAUCCUUUCUUUUUAUUAUUAUUUGGUUCCGUGUCCGUCCCUAACUCCUGCUAGUAAGGAUAAUACAAUAUUAGGGGGAUUAACGACAGACAGGAUCGCCCCAUUUCACCUCUAGAUCUCUUGGCGACCGGUCGCAUUAAGCCGUCGCAGGCAGUGCAACAUGUGCAAAAAUAUCAAGAGGAUUCCCUUUUGACGCCAUGCUCGUCCUAAAAACAUCUUCUAUAUCACCUGUAAUGAUAGUUUUUUUCGUCAUCCUUAUUCUUGACAAAGUGUCUAUAGCCAGCCCCUUUUUCUUCCC